GGUCCUGCCGCAUUCGGGUCCCGGUCAACGUGGGCACCAAGGGUGUUGGCCUGUGUUGUCAUCAGUGUGGCCGCCUACAACAUCGUACAAUUCGGUGAUUUAGAGGCGGUUGAGUGUUUACAUCCGGAUAACUACACUUUAUACGAGCUUUGCCCUACAGAACUUCGUGUUAGUGAACUCUACAUAGUGGUCUAUAAAGGAUAUAUGUAUGCAUUAUCGAUGGCUUUUAUACCAUUCAUUCUCUUAACUAUAUUAACAUUUGGCAUUGUCUAUCUGCUUCGGAAGAAACAGGAAAAGUCCGAAAAGGUCUUAUGUGAAUGUGAAGACAAAGAAGAUCAGGGAUCGCCAGUCGUACUCCUUCUGGUGAUUGUGCUGUUUCUCGCCUGCAAUAUUACUUCACUAUUGGUCAACGUGUUCGAGAUGCUCAAA